AUCCGACUCUGAACCGGAAAACGAAUUUGUUUCCAUGGAAACUCCUUUCCGCCUGCCUUCGACGUCUGGCGUGGGAAAGAAAUAUUUGCUCGGGUGCAACCGAGGCUCGUGGAGUUGGCCGUUCCGCUUCCUAAAAGGGUACAAGAGUCGUCAUGGAGGGAAGCACAUGCCAAAGUGAGGGGCUUUUGUGGAUUGUGUGGGGCUGUAGCCUUUUGGCUUGCGCUGAUUGUCCUUUCGGUUUUUUUUUUAUUGCAGGUCACCCUCUGGAUAUGCACGGCAGUUGGUCCUUUUGCCCGGCGUGGCACCUUCCUCUGGGCCUGGCUGUGGGACCUUCUCUGACCUCUGAGAAGGGUCUGGGAGUGUGGUGUGUGGGGCGCGCUCUGCAGCCAGGGAUGUUGUUGCUUCUUGGGCCGCAGGGCGAGGAGCAGAAAGCGUCCACUUCUUUGUCGGCAUUUCCAUUACCCAGCUGGAAAGAGGCUUCUGCUUGCAACAGGAUAUCCAGCUGGAGGAGCCUGGUGAAGCAAAGCCGGGUUGAAGAUGAAGCAAAUGUAAUGUUAGAAUGGAUCAACGGGGAGCUGCACAUCAGAGUCUGCUGUCCUAUUGAUGUGGGCAGUGAACUGCUAUGCCAGUUAACUGAAUCACAGGCCAGUCCUACUCGUCUAGAAAAUAAUAGCCUAACACAUACCUCGGAUAAGGAGCUUGUUACAGAGAAGAAAAAACUGCAAAAAAUGCCAGUAGUUGCCACAACUAAGACCAUACAUUUAGAAGAGGAGGCUUUGAGGCAGAAAGAUAUUAUCCAGGAUUCCUCUUCAGGUAUUCCUGAUAUUCUCAAGUUUGCAGAGUUGAAAGACAGAGCCCGUUGUGUCUCUAUGUUGAAUAAGAAGCUGCAGAACAAACAGACCUGUGGAUUAGUUGUCAAUCACAAGAAGAGCAAUAAAAAUUCUUCCUUGCAACUUGAACAAUGGGAGACCAAAAUACAGAGUAGAAAUAAUAAACUUUUUAAAAGCUGUCCUAUUUCCAAGGAUGAUGGAAGCAAAGAAGAUGCUAUACCACAUUCUCAGGAAGAGCAGAUGACUGAGAUAAAGUCAGAUGCAACAUUGGUUGAAACCUGUUCAAACUCACCACCCUUCAGCGGAGUUUGCAUCAGUGCCAUUUUGACUGAUAAUGUAGAGACAUUAAGGGAAGAGUCUUGUGCUGAAGUAAUCCCCAACGGAUAUCCUCCAAGUACACUCAAAGACAGGGCAGAGAAUGAAAAGAAAAAUCCUAGACAAGAGGAACAGUCGCAUAGAUACAAGCCUGAUGAUUCAGCUCACACAGAAUCGAGCACUAAACGACGACAUCGGUGUAAAGAGUGUGGUAAAGCAUUCCUCCAGCUGUGCCACCUGAAAAAACAUCAUUUUGUGCACACUGAUCACAAACCAUUCCUGUGCACAGAAUGUGGCAAGAGCUAUAGUUCAGAAGAGAGUUUCAAAGCACAUAUGCUGGGCCACAGGGGAGUACGGCCUUUUCCCUGUCCAGAGUGUCACAAAACUUAUGGCACCAAGCGUGACCUCCAAGAACAUCAGGUAUUGCAUACAGGCCAGCGCCCCUAUGUCUGUCCAGAUUGUGGAAAAUCGUUUGCCCGGCGGCCCUCCCUUCGUAUCCAUCGCAAGACACAUCAAGUUAAACAACCAAGCUCUACCCCUGCUGCCUGCCAGUGUGUGAUAUGUGGACGGCACUUGGCCAACCCAGGGUCACUGCGGAACCAUAUGCGCCUGCACACUGGAGAACGUCCUUAUGCUUGUCCCUACUGUCCCAAGUCAUUCCGUCAGCAAGGCAAUCUACGAGGGCAUCUUAGGCUACAUACAGGUGAGCGCCCUUACCAUUGCCAUUUCUGUGGAGAUGCCUUCCCACAGCGCCCUGAGCUACGCCGUCACCUGAUCUCCCACACGGGUGAGGCUCAUCUGUGCACAGUAUGUGGGAAAGCACUGCGUGAUCCCCACACGUUACGAGCUCAUGAACGCCUGCACACAGGUGAGCGGCCUUUCCGCUGCCACCUGUGUCCCAAAUCCUAUCCUCUAGCUACAAAACUCCGGCGUCAUCAGAAAGCCCAUCAUGGUGACAAGCCCUAUCAGUGUAACAUUUGUGGUGUAGCCUACAGCCUCCCCCAGAAUCUUCAGCGCCACCAGCUUGAGCACAAAGACAAUCUAGUCAAGGAUUCAUCCAAAUCUGACAUCAAAGAUCUCAAGGAUAUUGCCGUUUCAGAGCAGCCGGCUUUGUUGGUAGUGCACACUAUGAAUAUGGCAGAGCCUGGCAGGAAAGCAGAAGUCCUCAUCUCUAACAGUAACUACAUUGCAGCACAAGAGAGCUCAGCCCAACACAAGGAUGUCAUUGAGAUUGCUGUCUCAGAUACUGAGGAAGAAUGUAUCAUUGUGCAGGAGCAGGCUUCUCCUAGUAACAUGUUUAUUCUUCAAGAGGGUGUUGGUUUUAGUACUGUGGCAGAAAUAGUUGAGGUAGAAUUGGGAACUUGAGCAUUGCACUUAUUGUGGAUUGUCUGAUGGUCUGCUUUUUCUGUAAUUGUGAAAGGGCAACAUGAGGGUUCAAAAGCACAGAAUACCAGAAAAGGGGCAGGUGUUUGUAACUGACCUCAAAUUUGGCUGAAUUAUCAGUAUCAGUACAGUUCUAGGGCCUUUAUGAUUGGAUUGGAUGAUAACUUCUGGUCUAUUCACCAGAGCCUAUUUAUUAAAAAUGCUCACUGAGUAUCCUUUUUUGCACGGGCAGUAUUGGUUUAAAUUAAGCGAGGGCUAUUCUUACCUAUCUGCGUAUCAUAUAAGAUGUGGCAAUUCUAAAAAAAUAGAGUGGUAAUGCAUAUAAGCACUGAUCAUGUGGUUCAGUCAAGUAGUUUGAAUAAUUCAAUUAGUUAUAUCUGUCCACAUGGAAUGAUUAAUGUGGCUGUGAGAGCAGCCUGUCCAUUGACUAGACAAAUCAUGUGAUUGAUUGGUAUACAACUUUUGCAGGGUCAUACAUGAUGUUAAGAUAGCAUGUAGACAGGCCUGAAUUAAAUCAUAUUGCAGUUUUGCUGAGAGUUGUACACCCUGGUAGUUGUGCAUAUAAACAAAAUACUUCUUUUUAAAAUCAACUAAAUACUGAAUCUGGUAAAACAGUCUUCCCCAAUCUGAUGCCUUCAAGAUAUAACGUGGUGAAACUCCUAAUAUCCCUAAUCUAACUACUGAUGCUCCAGUAUACUCUUAACUUCUUUGGUUCUCCCCCAGCUAGGAAGAACCUUUUUUCCCCUUUAUUUAAUAAAGCCAAGUUGGCAGUAGAGGGUAGCAUUACAGUCUGUAUUACUACAUACAACAGAGGCUCUAUUUUAAUAAUAAGGUAAACAGAUUUGUUUGGGCCCAGACUGGCAAAUACAAAAAAAUUCUCUGGCCCCACUUGGGUUUUAUAGAAUAUUUAUCAGAGAACAUUUAGAAAAACAGAAACUCAUGUUCAAUAACAUAGAAACCAUGUUUUAAUCAGUGUGUUAUGCUCAUACUGCUGGAUUGUUCUAUUUCAAAUUGUAAAUGAGAGAAUCAAGUAUUAAAAUUAACAUGGUAUUAAAUUAAUGAAGGGAAGGGAAGACUGUACUACAUUUCUUCAUUUUAUAGUAGAAAAAGGAUAAAAAUAAGUUUCAAUUUAGUUGCCACAUUUGUUUCUUCUUGUAUCUUCUUGAACUAUCUUUGAUUAUGAGAAUCAGGUUUUACUCAUUACUUAUAUUGCUUCAUAUUGAAAAGUUACAGUGUGUGGCUCCCAAAACAUUUAUUUAAAUGUAAAGGUAAAUAUUUUUCCUACAAGAUUGGAUAGGAGUAACGUAUUUGUGGUUAUUCUUUCUGCAAGGCAGUGUUUCGGUCUCUGCUGUUGCCUGAAAUUGUACAAUUGAUCAAUAGGUAUGUCAUACGAAGCUGUUGUGUGCUUGCUUAGCAAAAACAGUUUGAAAAUGUAUGUGUAUACAAAACAUACAUCUCUUAUAAUCCUUCAAAUCCACACUAUACUUAAUAAAGUAUAGAUAUAUCAAAUCUAUACUUAAUAAAGUAUAGAUAAGCAAAUUCAGCAUUGCCAAUUUUAUGAAGAGAAACAGAGCCGAACAAACACUGUCCUGCUUAAUUCCCUGGCACAGAGCAGAAACUUCUUUGACAUGUGAUUUUGUUUGACUCUGAACCCUCAUUCCUAACAAUGUUUCUUGAUGAAAAGCUAGUUAAUGGGUAUAUCUGGAAUAUUGUAAAUUGUUCUACUGAACUGAUUUGGUGAGCUGUUUUCUAGUUAGCUAUGCUGUCACAGUGUUGCACUUUACAGAUGAUUAUGUUGCAGCAUUACUGUGGCAUUUUGUCAUAUACUUACUGUAUGAUUCUUUUAAUUUUAAAAAUAAUGAAAGCAAGCAUGCUGUGAAGCAAAGUGCAAACCUCAGUUGUAAUCUUUAUUUCCAAUAAUGCUUCAAGGGCCCACAUAUAUCCUGAAGACAUUCUUAGAAAAUAAAUAUAUGGUAUGGGUUGUAUUCUAGUGCUCUCUUCAGGAACGUGUAUAUCUGACUAGGAAAAAAAAACAGAAGUAAGUGGUUAAAGUACUCUGGGAAAUUAGAAUAGGUAGUAGAGGACAAUCUCAUCAGCUUACUUCCUAGUAAAUUGAUGUUUUGUUACUGACCACGUUCAUCAUGGCAGUCAAUCUGUGAGAGUGUUCAUAACAUGCUCUCAGAAUUCCAAGUGUCCUCCAUAUAAUGAAGAUUUCUCUUUUAAAAAAAAGUCUCUGAAGAUUACUGACUUCCCACUGGUGUAUUCAUUCUGUGAUAACAUUUACAAGCAGUCAUAUUGUAAGCUUUGGUGUAUCUCUUGGAGGCAAUAAGAUUUAGAACUCCA